AUGAUCAUGGCUUCAGCAGGUAGCUUUUCGUACGGAGGAUUCCACGCAUCGGACUUAGACAUCCCCAUUGAUAACAAGUUGUUAGCUAUGGAGCUGCAUGUCAAAAUGGAAAACAUGAGAAACGACUUCACCCUGAAGCUCGUCGAAAUUAGGGACCAGAUGACAGUGAUGCAGAAGAGGUUCAAUUUCAGUGUGUGGAUUUUGAUUCUUGGAGUGGGUGCUGCUUUGAGCUGGGUUUAUCGAUCCUCGAAGUAG